AUGUCUCCAAUAGUGAAAAACCCAGAAUGUAAACCAGUGGAGUGCCAUUGUAAGGUCGCCUGUACCAACAAGACUCUUUCGCUCAUGUUUGGAUGCAAGUACCAGUAUCAGGAGGACGACUCGCCACCACUUGACCAGGGCUUCCCACGUCUCACCAACGAAGUGCGGGCGCCAGAGCUCGUGCACGUGUCCGAAAAGAACCUCUCUGAGAUCGAGAACGUCCACGGAUAUGUGUCGCACUCGCACAUCUCCCCUCUCAAGGCCAGUCCCGCACCCAUAAUCGUCAACACAGACACACUGGAAUCUGUACCAUACGUCAACGGGACAGAAAUCGAAUAUGAGUUUGAGGAGAUCACUCUUGAGAGGGGGAACUCGGGGCUCGGCUUCAGUAUCGCUGGGGGAACAGAUAACCCACACAUUGGAGACGACCCGGGAAUCUUCAUCACAAAGAUCAUUCCCGGAGGAGCAGCAGCUGAGGACGGAAGGCUCAGGGUAAAUGACUGCAUCCUGAGGGUGAACGACGCUGACGUGUCUGAAGUGUCCCACAGUAAAGCCGUGGAGGCACUGAAGGUGGCGGGCUCCAUCGUGCGGCUCUAUGUGAGGAGACGUAGGCCAAUGCUCGAGACCAUCCUGGAAAUCAAACUCGUUAAAGGACCAAAAGGGCUCGGCUUCAGUAUUGCAGGUGGAGUGGGGAACCAGCACAUUCCAGGAGAUAACAGUAUUUACGUGACAAAGAUCAUUGAUGGAGGAGCAGCACAGAAAGAUGGCCGACUACAAGUUGGCGAUAGGUUAUUAAUGGUAAACAACUACAGCCUGGAAGAGGUCUCUCAUGAAGAGGCCGUCGCCAUUUUGAAAAACACGUCGGACGUGGUGUAUUUAAAGGUGGGCAAACCCACCAAUGUGUACCUAUCAGAUCCCUAUGGGCCUCCUGAUAUCACACACUCGUUUUCUCCAGCCAUGGAAAACCAUAUCUCGUCUCCCAUCAACACUGGCACUCUGGAGUACAAGUCCGGCCUCCCCCCAAUCUCCCCAGGAAGUUACUCCCCCCUCCCUAAGCACUUACUUGGGGAAGAGGAUAUAAACAGGCCUCCAGAGCCCGUUUACAGCACUGUGAACAAACUAUGUGACAAAGCACCCUCCCCCCGACACUUUUCCCCACUAGAGGGCGACAAAAGCCUGCUCCACUCCGUCCCCUUCCCCAACUAUCACUUAAGCCUGUACCCUGACUUGGAUUUCACCAGGUACUCCAUCACCUCCGCUGUGUCCUUAGACCCAUUCUGUGCUGUGAAGAAGCAUGUUCCACUCACGGGAGAGCCGCGGAAGGUGGUGCUACACAAAGGCUCCACCGGCCUCGGCUUCAACAUCGUGGGCGGAGAGGACGGAGAGGGCAUCUUUGUGUCGUUCAUCUUGGCUGGAGGACCGGCCGACCUGAGCGGAGAGUUGAGGAGAGGAGACCAGAUCUUAUCUGUGAAUGGCAUAGACCUGCGAGGAGCCACUCAUGAGCAGGCAGCAGCAGCUCUCAAAGGAGCGGGGCAGGUGGUCACCAUCAUCGCCCAGUACAGACCAGAGGAGUACGGGCGCUUCGAGGCCAAGAUCCACGACCUGCGGGAACAGAUGAUGAACCACAGUAUGAGCUCGGGGUCUGGAUCGCUCAGGACCAAUCAGAAGAGGUCGCUCUAUGUGAGGGCCUUGUUUGACUAUGAGAAGGCCAAAGACAGCGGCCUGCCCAGUCAGGGGCUCAGCUUCAGGUACGGAGACAUCCUCCAUGUGAUCAACGCCUCUGAUGACGAGUGGUGGCAGGCCCGACGCGUCACUCCCCACGGGGACAGUGAGGAGAUGGGUGUCAUCCCCAGCAAGAGGAGAGUGGAGAGGAAAGAGCGGGCACGACUAAAGACUGUGAAAUUCAACGCCAAGCCGGGCUCAUUCGAUUCGAAAGGGGACAUCCUGGGAUUAGGUGAUGAUGGGUAUGGGACAAAGACCUUCAGAAGUCAAGAGGACGUCAUUCUCUCGUACGAACCCGUCAUGAGGCAAGAAAUUAGUUAUGCCCGACCUGUGAUCAUCCUGGGGCCGAUGAAGGACCGAAUCAACGAUGACCUCAUUUCAGAGUUUCCAGAAAAGUUUGGUUCCUGCGUUCCACAUACAACACGACCGAAGCGGGAUUACGAAGUGGACGGGCGCGACUACCACUUUGUGAUGUCACGGGAGCAGAUGGAGAAGGACAUCCAAGAGCACAAGUUCAUCGAGGCGGGACAGUACAACGACAAUCUGUACGGCACCAGUGUCCAGUCGGUCAGAUACGUGGCUGAGAGGGGUAAACACUGUAUUCUUGACGUGUCUGGAAACGCCAUCAAGCGGCUCCAAGUAGCACAACUGUAUCCUGUGGCCAUCUUCAUCAAACCCCGAUCUGUAGAUUCAUUAAUGGACAUGAAUAAGAGACUGACGGAGGAACAAGCCAAGAAGACAUUUGACCGAGCACUGAAGUUGGAACAGGAGUUUGGAGAAUUCUUCACAGCGCUGGUGCAAGGCGACACUUUAGAAGAAAUUUAUAACCAGUGUAAACAGGUCAUAGAGGAAAACGCAGGACCUUUCAUCUGGAUCCCCUCAAAGGAGAAGCUAUAGCCCUGCACCACUGGACUCUGCUAGACCCUAGUAACACGCUGUAACAUACGAAACUGUGCAAAUAGGCUUCAAACACCUCUGUGAAUAUCUUCAUUUUUGUAUUUAAUUUAAUCUUUUCUUUGUUUUUGCUUCAUCGUCGUUUUUUUUCACAUGCAACAUGAAUGUCCCAGAAUGUACACCACAAAGUGUUUUAGGGUUUUAGGUACAUUUGUAUGAAUAUCUGUUGCUUUUUAUUUUUUAUUUUUUGAAUUGAAAAUCGUCACACGUUUGCUCUACCUGUGUUCAACCACAAGGGGGCAGCAGACACGUGGACUUUUUGCACAGUGACAAAAAGUUGCGUGUGGCAUUUGUGCUUCUCCUGCUGGUUAUGUUAUUUUAUUGUUUACAUUAUGAUUUCUC